GGCGGAGGGAGAGUACGGGAAGGCAUGUUGUGAUCUUGUUUAUAAAGAUCGGACCCGACAGGCCACCAGGAUAGUAUUGGUUUGGUCUUAGCAUCUGAUGAGAUAAUCAAGUUCGGACUAUGUAGAUAAUUUCAAGAUUUCAAGACUAGAAGAUUUCAGAGCAUACGAGAGUUAUUUUGGCUGACUCUGCUCCUGUCUGACGAGAGUGUCCUAGACCGGCCAUUUCUGAGAAGCCCCAGGAAUAAUCGCUGGGAAUACAGACCAAAGGCGGCAGCUCUCCGGCAGCAGCUCUCCUCUCACCACACAGAAUGUGGCGGAUCCUGGUUUCCCUCUUGCUGCUGGCUGCGGCCGACGCCCAGCUCGGUUCGGGCUUCCCGAGCAACCUGGACCUGGCCGAUGGCUACCUGCCGCCGCCGGGACCGGGCAACCCGGAGCCGAACACGAAGCCCUGCGAGCAGCCCAAGACCAUCUACCGCACGCAGACGCAGCAGGUCACCAACACGGUGACGCGCACCGUGGUGCAGACGGUGCCGCAGCGGGUCGAGCAGACGCGCGUCGUCACCAGCGUGGUGCCCAGCACCCUGGUGCGCACCAGCGUCACCACCAUCGUCUCGCCCGUGGUGCGCACCCAGGUGCAGACCAGCGUCGUCCAGCGCCAGAGCACCCGCAUCGUCGACGUGCCCGGCCAGACGCGCGUGGUGACCCAGACCCAGACGCAGAGCCAGGUCACCUUCAACACGAGGCAGAGCGUCGUCGAGCGCACCCAGGUCGUCACCAGCACACAGAUUCGCGUCUCCACCGUCGUGCAGCGCGUCACGCAGACCGUCACCCAGACGGUGCCGCAAGUGGUCUACGUCACGAGGACGCAGCAGAUCCCCGGACGCACUGUCGUCAUCACGCAGACGGAGCAGCGCCAGACCACCAGCGUGCAGCAGUACCAGCCGCCGGCGCAGACCAGGGUGACGACGCAGCAGCAGUACAGGACGCGCACCGAGAUCCAGCAGGUGCCCGGACCCGUCAUCACCCAGUCCAGCAACGUCGUGCGCACUCAGGUGGUGCAGAGCACGAGGGUGCAACAGGUGCCCCAGCUCAGCACGCGCGUCGUCCAGGUCACCAGCGUGCGCGAGCAGACCACGACGCAGACGCAGCGUGUGACGCAGACCCGGGUGGUGACGGUGACGCAGACGCAGACCGUGCCCGUGGUGGUGACGCAGACCCAGGAGCGUCUGGUCACCGUGCCGGUGGAGCUCACCCAGACGCGUACCGUCGUGCGGACGGUGCCCGGACAGAACGUCGUGCGCACCGCCGUUCGGACGCAGACCCAGACGCAGACCGUGCGCGGCCAGGACCGUAUCAUCACCGACUACCGCACCAUCGACAACGUCCGGACGCGCGUCCUCACCAGCACCGUCAUCCAGCCGUCGGUCGUCACCCGGGUCACCACCAGUACCGAGCCGUGCGAGGGCUACAACUACCAGGAGCCCAGCAACCCCCUCAGAUUCUAGAGGGUCCCCACCAUACACCGUCCACACGGCGGCGGCCACAGGCCAACGCGGUAGUCUGCCAACCGCCUGGCGGUCGUCGCUCCAUCAUCUGUUAAGCUGAAUAAGUUAUGCGCGUGUCCACCAACGACUACACUGAAAGUGCCACAGCUGCCCCUGACCAUGUGACAACAUAAGGCUGACAUGUACUUACUCGUCAUCAAAUGAUCAAUAAACACGCUAAAAAAUUGA